CGACUCACGGUGAGGGAAUGAACCGGCCCGGGGGUUAUACCGAUGAGGGAAAGGAGUGGGACUCCGAACCUUCAUGAGAGUGUGGGGACAAUGCUGAAAGGAAUGGCAAGGCUUAUCUCCAGGGUCCAUAAGUUGGACCGUGGACGUUUUUUGCACACGGGGACACGGAUACCCCAAAGCAUUGCCGGUCACCUAGAUAACCAGGCUCCAGUUGAGAGUCCCAGAGCUAUUUCCCGCACCAGUGAGAGUGACCCGGUCAAGCAUGGCGAGCAACAGGAGGGUCAGCACUACAACAUCCCCCACCAGGAUUUGAAGACUGUAUUUCCCCAUGGCCUGCCUCCUCGCUUUCUAAUGCAGGUGAAGACUUUCAGUGAAGCUUGCCUGAUGGUAAGGAAACCAGCGCUGGAGCUUCUGCAGUACCUGAAAAACACCAACUUUGCACAUCCAGCCGUACGAUAUAUUCUCUAUGGGGAGAAAGGAACGGGAAAAACCCUCAGUCUUUGUCACGUUGUUCAUUUCUGUGCAAAACAGGACUGGCUGAUACUGCAUAUUCCAGAUGCUCUUCGUUGGGUGAAAAAUUGUCGGGAUCUUCUGCAGUCUACCCAUAACAAACAGCGCUUGGAUCAACCUUUAGAGGCUUCAACCUGGCUAAAGAAUUUCAAAACUUCCAAUGAGCGCUUCCUGAGCCAGAUAAAAGUGCAAGAGAAGUAUGUCUGGAACAAGCGAGAAAGCACUGAGAAAGGCAGCCCUCUGGGAGAAGUGGUUGAACAGGGCAUAACGCGGGUGAGGAACGCCACAGAUGCGGUUGGCAUUGUGCUGAAAGAGCUAAAGAGGCAAAGUUCUUCAGGUCUUUUUCACGUCCUGGUGGCAGUGGAUGGAGUCAAUGCUCUCUGGGGGCGGACCACACUGAGGAGGGAAGAUAAAAGCGUGAUUGCUCCAGAGGAACUAGCGCUUAUUCACCACCUCAGAAAAAUGGUGAAAAAUGACUGGAAUGGAGGUGCCAUUGUGUUGACUUUGAGCCAGACUGGUUCCCUUUUUAAGCCCCGGACAGCCUACCUGCCCCAGGAGUUGCUGGGAAAGGAAGGAUUUGAUGCUCUGGAUCCCUUUAUUCCCAUCCUGGUUUCCAACUACAGCCCAAAAGAAUUCGAAAGUUGUAUUCAGUAUUAUUUGGAGAACAACUGGCUUCAACAUGAGAAAGCUCCGACAGAGGAAGGGAGAAAGGAGCUGCUGUUUCUCAGUAAUGCAAACCCCGGGCAGCUGGAGCGGCUCUGUGCCUACCUCUAGGCCCUGGCACAGCAGGCCUGGAAGACCAGUCGGACGAGGAAGGCCCAGGGUCACAGGACUGCACGGGCUCCUGACGUCACUGAAAUGGGUCCUCGUGAAGUGACU